UAAAUUAUAGUGUGUCCUAACUAUUCAGGCAUUACACAAUUAGAGUAACAUUGGGUGUGGAGCUGCACUGCACGAAACAUGCCAUUAUAAAUAUGUAGACACAAAAUAAUCGUGUGUAUUUGCUGUAGAACAAACUUCAUAUGCAGCCUACAUCUGUUUCGUGAGGAACAGCAGACAAAUACAAAAAGGAAGGAUUUUGGGAAGGGUUUGUUUCAUUAUUUUCUCUUGUGGCCAACUUAGUAUACAAAAAGAAAAGAAAACACUGGCUGCAGAUGCGCUACUAAUAAUGACUUGUGGCUGUGUGGUAAGACAUGGGAGGAGCUUGAGAAGAAUCAACUUUUUCAGCUUUUGAGGCGUGCGCUAUAUUGAUUCUCCUCCAAAAAAUAAGUGAGUGAAGGUAAAUCCGAGCGUCCUCUCCGCACAAUGGUGCUUUCCGAAACCAGCAAUGAUUUUUACGAAGCUUUCUGGUGAUCGAGGCUUUUCAUUUUCAACAAUUUAUGUGGAGGAGAAUGGAUUAUGCGUGCGCGCGCUCCCACCAGUAUGACAAGAAUCGAGUUGAGCGCGCGCGCGGCAGACAAAUGACAAUUUUAGUCAUUAUGUUGUUUUUUGUGGCGCUUCUUCCAUAUGCGCUUACAGCACACUUGGCCGUCAUAUCCCCCCAGGAUCCAGUGCUUCACAUAGGCUCGAGCAUGACUGCGGUGUGCACCAUUAGCGCCGAGCUGGAAAUAACAGCUAGAUCCUUGUACUGGACGCUGAAUGGAAAACGCUUGGCUAGAAACACUUAUAAGGUCCUCAGCUCGACCGAAUCCAGCGUCACACUCCAUCAACUCAAUGGCUCCUUGCAGCGGUCAGGAGACAACCUGGUUUGCCAUCGAAGCAACGGAGAAGUGUUGGCUGGAUCAUGUCUUUAUGUUGGCUCGCCCCCUGAGAAACCCAUCAACCUGACAUGUUGGUCACGAAACACCAAGGAUCUCAGCUGCAGAUGGAGUCCGGGAAGUCAAGGAGAGACAUUCAUAAAUACUAAAUAUAUCCUCAAGUACAAACUAAAAUGGUACGGUAAAGAGAAAGACUGCGAGGACUACACAGGACAGCUGUAUACGUGCUACGUUCCUCGCGACCUUGCCAUUUUUACACCAUAUGAAGUUUGGGUGGAGGGGUCCAAUCAGCUUGGCUCUGCCACUUCUGAUGUGAUCACCUUAGACAUUUUAGAUGUAGUAACUACAGAUCCGCCUCCUGAUGUCCUUGUGAGCCGAGUUGGAGAUCUGGAAGAUCAAUUAAGUGUACGUUGGGGGAGUCCUCCUGCUCUGAAAGACUACCUGUUUCAGGCGAAGUAUCAGAUACGAUACCGUGUGGAGGAGAGUGACGAAUGGAAGGUUAUCGAUGAUGCUGGGAACCAGACAUCUUGUCGGUUAGCGGGUCUCAGAGCCGGCACAGUGUAUUUCGUCCAGGUACGCUGCAACCCAAUCGGCAUCUACGGCUCAAAGAAAGCAGGAAUUUGGAGCGACUGGAGCCACUCAACCGCUGCAUCGACACCUGGCAUUGACAGGUCACAUAUCGGCUCGUGCGAAUCGAAGCCCAGCGAGCACAACUCGACGCUACGGAAGGAGCUUAAGCAGUUUUUCGGCUGGAUGCGCAAACACUCUUACGGCUGUACGGACGUCAGCAUCAAACUCUACGACCAAUGGCGCGUCUGGCUGCAGAAAGCCCAGAAAACGCACGACCAGGUCAGUGAGGACACAACGCACUUCCUUGCGCGACACGUAUCAAGACAACAAAUCAUUACCGUUGGCACACACGAUAUAAGGCCUGUGCGAAAAGAAGAAGAAGCAGCAUUUUUGGGACCCACAACAAAGAGAACCAAAGUAUCUGUUUAUUCUUUUGAUCAAUAGGCUCACAUUUGAUUGCGUUUACUAAUAGCGAAGCAUCAUAUAAUCUUCAGACGUUACCACAACAGAGAGGAAACGACCACUCAAAGUAAUCAGCUGGAAUGCUAAUAAAUUCCUUUUAGGUUAGACUGCGCGGCAAAGCUUCAGCUGCGAACCAACCGAGCCCGAGAAGUCUUGUGUGGCGUUCUCGAGCGCUAACCGACAUCCGCUGCACGCUCUCUGAACCGAUUCAGUGGUUACUGUUGCUUUGGCACUGACGACUGUUGGGAAACUUAGGUCGCUUCAUUAGUCACACUGUCCUUUGAAGAACACGAUGUAACUGCCACAAGAAUGGCUGGUACCAAUUACGCUUCUCUGUCCUCAUAUAUCAACUCAUCACAUUCACUUGUAAAUGCCAUUGUCUUGCCUUUCAGGUACUACAAAGCGGUAAAUCAUAGUGAAACUCUAAAGAAGGCUUGGGAGAGUUUGCGGGGGCCUGCGAUGACAAGGUUUUUAUCACUCUCCAGUGCUUGGGACUUUCAUUUGGGACGAGCCGAGACUGUCUAAAGGGAUCUGCAAGGAGCCUGUCGUUUGGUGACAUGAUCUACUGUUUGCCUCCUGCUGCAGUCCCCAUCAAACACGUCAAAGGAAGCACGCUUUUGUCUCAGACAAUGUUAUUUAUAAGGGCAUUAAAACAUAAAGAAAGACUCCAAAUUACGAGAGAGCAUAAAAUGUUUUUAAGAAAGAAGAUAAUAGGGCAUUCUCUCUUUCUGAUUGACCUUUCAUCCAAAAAAAAGAACCUUUGCAACUCAACGAUUGGAGAAAAAAAUAAUAAUAAAAAAUUUACAAACUAAUUUGCUGAAAGGGAGAAUUCGUAAGCGACAACAAAAUAUGAGCAUUUAAAUAUUAAUCUUUAAAAGUGAGUUACUUUAAAAAAAUUAAACAAGGACUGAUGCUGCGGAUGGUCCAGAAUAAACAAAAGCACCGUAAAAGUAUCAUAAAAUAGUCCAUUUAUCACUAUGUCCCAAAUCUUCUGAAAUCAUACAAUUUUUUUAAAGACAUAUUGAAAUUUAAAGGGAUAGUUCACCCAAAAACUCACCUUCACAUAUCGUUCCAAAUCUGUAAGAACUUUGUUCAUCUUUGGAACGCAAAAUAAGAUAUUUUUGAUUAAAUAUGAGAGUUUUCUGACCCUUAUUAGACGGCAAGGAUCCUUACACAACCAAAGCUCAGGAA